AUGGCGCCCUUCCUCGGAGCAGAGCACACGCACGCCGUUGAUGCCACCCAAGGAAACGCCCUGCUGGCCGGCACCCGCUCGGCCCUGCACCAGCUGCUCGCAAAGGCCCACGACUACCUGCCCGGCGAGGCCCUUCCGCACAUUGCCAGUGUCCAUUUCUCAACCGCCAACACGGGCUCUCCCUACUUCCCCAGUCCGCUCAAGCAGACCGAGGCCAUCUCAGCCCUCAAGGCGGUCGAGGCGGGCGUGGCCUCGGCCAUAGCUGAUCUUCACAGCCACCAGAGACAGCGUGCCAUUGCCGUCGACCUGGAAAGAGCCACGGCCUUUCUCUUCUCCACCUAUCUCACCACCGUCGGCGGCCUGGACAAGUCAAGUCCAAAGGUCAGAAAACUACUCAAAGACACCGACCUCCUCCAAGCACAGUCUAUUCUGUACCGGAGGCUGUCUGCAAAUCUGUACCAGACCAAGAACCCUGGAGAGUACUUUCAUCUCCAUGGCUCGCUCGAGGCCACAAAAGCACUCAACAUGGUCGGUCUCGAGGGCUUCCGGCCCGACCUGACAGACUACCACGAAUGCAUCAAGGUCAUUGAGGACCAUGUGAGGCAGUUUACUGCAGACGAGCUGGAAGAGAAGAACCGCCAAAUCAAGCAGGCGGGUGUCACCUGCCUCAAGUGGGAGGAUUUUCGGGCUACGCAGCAUGGCCAAGCCAUGAUUCAGGAGCCGCCGUGGAAGGUAGAACCGCUAGAAACCGACACCCCAGCAACCCCGCUGCCCUUCCGACCAACACGCGCCCCGAAACCGCAGAUUCUCGCCGGCAUCCGAGUUUUGGAGCUUUGCCGUAUCAUUGCCGGUCCGGCAAUGGGCCGCGGUCUUGCCGAGUAUGGCGCUGAAGUCAUCAAAGUCACAUCGCCGAACCUGUCCGAUGUACCCUUCUUUCAGGUAGAUGCCAACAUUGGAAAGCACACUACCGACCUAAACCUAAAAGACUCUCGAGACCGACAAACGUUUGAAGAGCUCUUGCAGUCUGCAGAUGUUGUCCUCGACGGCUAUCGCCCGGGCAGCCUGGCUCGUCUCGGAUAUGGGCCACAGCAGCUUGUCGAAUUGGCCAAGAAGCGCGGCAAGGGCCUAGUGUACGUUUCCGAAAACUGCUUUGGUCAUGUCGGACCAUGGGCAUCACGCCCCGGCUGGCAACAGAUUGCAGACUGUGUUACUGGCGUAGCCUGGGCACAAGGCCAAGCAAUGGGGCUCAACGAGCCAGUCGUCCCACCUUUUCCCAUGAGCGACUACGGGACAGGCUGCAUGGGCACCAUUGCUGCCCUUGUGGGGCUCCACAAGCGAGCCAAGUAUGGGGGGAGCUAUAUCGGCCGUACUUCCCUGUGCCAAUACGACAUAUACCUGCUCGAACUUGGUCUCUACGACGAUAAGACCAUGGCCGAGCUGAGGAAAGAACACGACAAGGAGUUCUUCGAGCUGCGGCAUUACGACUCAGUGGAUGAGGUCGGCAAGCGCGCCCUCAGGACAAUGAGGAGAACCCACCCAGAGCUGUUUGAGGACCGACACAUGCAAGAGUGCUUCAGCAAAGGCUUCAAUGCUAAUGUCAGGACCAUCAGGCCUGUAGUCUGUAUUGACGGCUACUGGAACGGUUUCCUCCGCAGCUCACGGCCCAAUGGUUUCGACCGCCCUACAUGGGAUAAUUGGGAGGUUGACGAGGACCUAUUACGAGCAUGAUGAGACACUUUUUUUUCUUGCAUCUCUGGCGCAUUGUCGGCUUCUUGGUGGGCCAUACAUCAUCCUGUCUGUCCUGUAUUAGCUUAGCACUAUGUAUAAUGUCGUGACGAACCCUGAAUGAAUCUCC